UUUUAAAGGGUUCCCGUUGACUCCAUCGAUUCGCUGCAACGAACUGCUCAGGCCUAAGAUUUUUUUGCGCAUGCGCUAUGAAAACCCUAGUCGGAUGUGCUGCUGUGUGGCCUCUGCGGAAAAUCGAAAACCUCUUCAAUUCCGCGAGUCACACCCGUUUUAGAAGAGCCUUGUUGUCACGGGAACGCGCUCGGAACCGAUUACAUCACGGCCUAUAUUAAUCAAUUCCGUGAAGAAGCGAAGAGUAGUGCGCGUGCGCUCUGGCAUAGCCAGGGACGUCGCGCAUGCGCCCUCACGUGCUUCUUUGAGACGGAAUGGCAAUUCCCUGACUGUUUCUCUGGAUGCUCAUUUUGCUAAUACAGCAGCACCUGCUGUGUUAAGGAAGGAUGGGGCGUUCCUCCAAAGAUAAGCGUGACAUCUACUACCGCCUGGCCAAGGAAGAAGGGUGGCGAGCCCGCAGUGCGUUCAAACUCCUGCAACUGGAUGAGGAGUACCACCUGUUUCAAGGCGUCUCCCGAGCCGUGGAUCUGUGCGCCGCUCCUGGAAGCUGGAGCCAGGUUUUGAGCCGGAAACUCAAGGGAGACGGCACCAGCAAUGCGGAUGUCAAAAUAGUGGCUGUCGAUUUGCAGGCUAUGGCCCCUCUGCCUGGAGUCAUUCAAAUCCAAGGGGACAUCACCAAGGUCUCUACCGCCCAGGAGAUCAUUCGCCAUUUUGAGGGGCAGCCAGCUGACCUGGUGGUGUGUGACGGAGCCCCUGACGUGACCGGGCUCCACGACAUCGAUGAGUACAUUCAGGCCCAGCUGCUUCUCGCUGCCCUGAACAUCACCACCCAUGUCUUAAAGAAAGGAGGCACUUUUGUAGCAAAGAUCUUCCGAGGGAAGGACGUCACCCUGCUCUAUUCCCAGCUGCGCAUUUUCUUCCCCGACGUGACGUGCGCCAAGCCCCGAAGCAGCCGCAACUCCAGCAUUGAAGCCUUUGUCGUUUGCCGAAACUACAGCCCCCCUGAAGGCUACGUACCAAACAUGUCCAAUCCCCUGCUGGAUCAUUGUUACGAUGUGGACUUUAACCAGCUGGGGGGCCCCAAUCGGGUCAUAGUUCCCUUCUUGGCUUGCGGAGAUCUGAGCGCUUACGAUUCGGACCGGACGUAUCCCCUGCAGCUAGAGCCCGGGAAGGAAUACACCUACGUGCCUCCCACUCAGCCUCCCAUCCACCCCCCUUACGAAGAAGCCUGCUUCUUGAAGAAACACAACCUUCUCGCCAAGGAAUCGACAGCCCAGCCCCAGCAGCCCGCUGCUCCAGAUGAGCCUCCACAGCUGCAAGAGGAGGGAGCUUCCCAUACCUGCGAGGCUGAACUGGUCAAUGCCCUGGAGGAGUUGUCCACAUGACGUAACCGCAAGGCUUGCGGGAGAGGCCGAGGCCCGGCCACAUGCCCACACUGCCCCCUGCUGGUGUGAAAGACUUCUCGUUUCACAUGAGUGUGUGGUGAUAGGAUUUCUGGUUUCCACCCCUCGAAAGAAUUCUGGAAGCCCCCAGCCACUAAACAGACCAAAUGUCGAUUUCUUUCUUCUUCUUUUUUUAAAUUGUUCUUAUUGAGAAUUUUUAAACCGGAAGAUAAAAACUAAUGGCAGAUAUUUUUUAAAAAAGGAAAUAGAAAUACAAAGCUGAAGAAAACCAAGGAAAGCAAAGAAAAGCAGGAAGAUAUUAGAAAAGAGGAGGAGCAAAAGAAUAUCAAGUGGCUCCCAAUUUUCUCUGCAACAGAUAUAAGUAAAGUUACAAACUUAACACUUAUACUCUAUGGUUGCAAAAAAGAACUCUCUUUUAUUCUGUUACCUUAUUCCCCCCCCCAUCAUCAAAUCCACAAAUCAUCAUUUCAUUUUUUUCCAUUUCAUGCAAAAAGUCUAUAUAAGGGGUUGCCAGAUAGCAAUAAAUGUAGCUAGAAAUAAGUUUAGCCAUCUCUACAAGUUCCAUCAUCUUCACCAACCGUUCCUUUGGUGUGGUAAUGUCGGACUUUUCCAUUUUUGUGCUUAUAACAGCCUCGCUGCCAUUGUCAUAGGUAAAAAUAAAGUCCCAUGACUUUUUUCUAUCUGUCUGUCCACUA